AUGUCAGUUUGGAAGAUGAUUUAUUCUAAGGUUUCCACAAAUGAUUUUGUGAUGAGUUGCGGUAUCUCGUUGGCCUCCCGCUGUCAUCUCUGUUGUGCUGCAAUAGAGUCCUUCCAACACUUCUUUUUUUAUUGCAAGUUUUUCAAGUGUCUUUGGAAAUGGUUGAUGAAUAAGUUUAAUCUCUCCAUUAACCCUAACUCAAUCGUUGGUUGGCUUGAUUUUUGCUGUCAUAAUAAAGCCCAUCAGGCCUCUCUUGUUCUCUGUGUUGAGGUCAUCAACAUGCUUGUUAAGAUUUGGAAAACCAGAAAUAUGGUGAAGCACAACAAGCAUCUCAUUACUCCUGCUAUUGUUAUUGAUUGGAUUAUGCAUCAAGUCAAAAUGUCGGGCAAUUCUACUUCCAAGGCCGCCAACAUCUCCAUGCUGGAUUUCUACUUUAUCAAGGUGUGCAAAGUUAAUAUCCUUCCUCCCAAAGCUCCCUCCAUUAAAGAGGUUAUUUAG